AUUACAUGGUACUACAUGUUAUUGCUUUAUGCAGACUUACAAAUUUACCUUUAUUCACCAGAGCAAAACUCAGUUAAAUUCUGUUUCUUUUAUUCAGAAAUUGAGAAGAUUCAGAAAGGGCUUUCAAAAAAGGACGAUGAGGAGAAUUACUUGGAUUUAUUUUCUCAUAAGAACAUGAAGCUGAAGGAGCGGGUACUGAUACCUGUCAAGCAGUAUCCCAAGUUCAAUUUUGUGGGGAAGAUCCUUGGACCACAAGGGAACACUAUCAAAAGACUGCAAGAAGAGACUGGUGCAAAGAUCUCUGUGUUGGGGAAAGGCUCAAUGAGAGACAAAGCCAAGGAGGAAGAGCUGCGCAAAGGUGGAGACCCCAAAUAUGCCCAUUUGAAUAUGGAUCUGCAUGUCUUCAUUGAAGUCUUUGGACCUCCAUGUGAGGCUUAUGCUCUUAUGGCACAUGCUAUGGAGGAAGUCAAGAAGUUUCUAGUACCGGAUAUGAUGGAUGAUAUCUGUCAGGAGCAGUUUCUAGAGCUGUCCUAUUUGAAUGGAGUACCAGAACCCUCUCGAGGACGUGGGGUGCCAGUGAGAGGCCGGGGUGCUGCCCCUCCUCCUCCACCUGUCCCCAGGGGCCGUGGUGUUGUACCACCUCGUGGGGCUUUGGUGCGUGGUACGCCAGUGAGAGGAGCCAUCACCAGAGGUGCCACCGUGACUCGAGGAGUGCCACCCCCACCUACUGUGAGGGGUGCUCCAACACCAAGGGCACGGACAGCAGGCAUCCAGAGAAUACCUUUGCCUCCACCCCCUGCACCAGAAACAUAUGAAGAUUAUGGAUAUGAUGAUACAUAUGCAGAGCAGAGUUAUGAAGGCUACGAAGGCUAUUACAGCCAGAGCCAAGGGGACUCAGAAUAUUAUGACUAUGGACAUGGGGAGGUUCAAGAUUCUUAUGAAGCAUAUGGUAUGUCUUUAUUUCUGUGUUGGGGCAGAAUGUGCAAGUAAGUGCCUGAGAGAAUCCUGGAUUAUUGAGGGUCAGACGGUCACACACCUGAGGAGAACCGUUUAAAGGUCAAGUUGUUGGUAGAUGUAACAAUAGGAAUCCUACUCUUAACUUAAAUUUUGUGGUGUGCGGUAGAGAUAGGGGUACUAUUACUAUUGGAAGGCUAUGAGAAUGUCCUAAACUAGGGCUCAGCAAACUAGUUUGCCUGGUUGGGACAGCAAACUUUUUUUUAAAUCCUCA